ACAUUGGCGGAAAGCUUCGGGCGUUACCUUUCAAUUUAAAAAAAGGCAUUUUUGUUUCAUCACCAUUUCGUUUUGAUUUGAUUCCAGAGGGCAGUUGCAGAAAGAGGCAAGUCACUGAAAGCAUUUUUUCUCUGGUCUCUGUUUUCGGCGCCAUUGUCACGUGGAAUUUAAUUGCUUCUCCCCCAUUUCCCGUUUGAUUCCACCGUCUGGGGUUGACAGAUUAUGGAUUUUAGCUUUGUUUAGCAUGGAUCUUCUGCUUCGAUUUGAAAACGUUGAUUGGAUGCGUAGAUGUGAUGCUGAGGGGAGCCGGAGCGACCUAAUGAGCUUCUCCCGGUAGAUCGAAGAACUCUUCUGACUUCAAUUAAGAAGUAAGAGCAAUGGUGAUGGAGAUGCAGAGCCAAGAGCUGCAGCAAAAUCACUUCUUGAGGCAGCUUGCUGCUUGUGUUAAGAGAAUACAGUGGAUCUAUGCCAUCUUCUGGUCUGAAUCAAGCAGAGUUGGAAGAUGCGACUUAUCUAUGCAUGAGAAGGUUGGAUCUUCUGCAGAAGCUUCAAAUUUUAAUUUUUAUGAUAUUUUGUUUGAUCUUAUGAACUGUCUGUGGAUUUUAACAAGCUACCAUUGCCAAAUUUUGAGAUUGUCCGUUUGGGGCCGCUUUUUUGCGGCUUCGCGGCCCCGAAUCGCGAAAAAAAAUUGUUUGGCUCUUAGCGUCGCGGCAGCUAAAGCGGUAUCGCGUUCUUCUUCCUCCGAAUCCCGCGACUCGCCAACCGUUCUUCUUCCCCGCUCAUCUUCCCCGACCAGGUUCUUCUUCUCUGCGUUCUUCUUCCCCGCUCUUCUUCCUCGACCACGCAGCGCCCGUUCUUCUUCCCCGCUCUUCUCCCCUUAUUUUCGUUCUUCUUCCUCGACCAGAAAUCGAUUCCUGCAUCUCGCCUCGACUGGUGUCGCCACGUCCGUUCUUUUUCCUCGACCAGGACCAACGAGGUCAUUAGAGUGGAAUGAUGGAUACUAUAAUGGUGACAUAAAGACUCGAAAGACGACUCAACAAACUGAAUGUAGAGUGGACGAAAUGGGUCUGCAGCGGACCGAACAAUUGAGAGAGCUAUAUGAGUCUCUUUGUAAUGGUGAUUGCAAUCAGCAAACUAGGCCUAGUGCUUCAUUAUCUCCUGAAGAUUUGACAGAUAAAGAAUGGUACUAUUUGGUCUGCAUGUCCUUCACCUUCAAUUUCGGCCAAGACUUACCAGGUAAGGCUUAUGAACUUAAUGAGUCUAUCUGGUUGAACAAUGCACACUUUGCAGAGAACAGUUGUUUUUGUCGCUCACUUUUAGCAAAGAGUGCAUCUAUUCAGACUGUUGUGUGCCUUCCCUUCAUGGAUGGUGUCCUAGAGCUUGGAACAACUGAGCUGGUAAUGGAAGAACCUGGUUUCUUACUCAACAUAACCAGUUCUUUCUGGGAGUUACAACUCCCUGGUUUCUCUGAGCAUUCUACGUCCAGUUCGCCAUUAGAACGAAAGGAGGAGGAAGACGAUGUUUGUUUGAUCUCCAAUCAUGAAGUUCAAGGCACGAUAAUGUCGGAGAAUCCUGCUUUAAUCAUAGAGGAUGAUUCCCAUCUCUUUCCGUUCUCCGUCGAUUCAUAUGCUCCCGAUAUAAAUAGCGACCUAAUCCACUAUAAGGAGAUAAUCGGCAUUAACAUUCCUAAUGAGCCAUCACAAGUUCACAUAAGACAUUUAAUGGCUGAUGAGUUUAACAACGGCCUGAAUAGUUCUCUGAACUUAAGCGAAUGUGUAUCACCUCAAAAUAUCCCUUGCUCUCCCAAGGGAGAGCGACUGAAAGGUUAUGUUUUUAACCAUUCCCGAGAGGAUAAUCAUUCGAAACUUGGUUCGUUGGGAAUCGAGGAAGAUGGAUCUCAUUAUUUCAGCUCGCUUUCUGCCAUAUUGGGGGACUUGGAACAGGGAAGAUCAUCACCUGGGUUUCCUUUUCAGAAUAGGCAUAUUGAUUCAAGCUUUAGGGUUUGGGAAGAAGGUUCAAAAAGUUCAAAAAUAUUUAUAAGAUUUCCGCAGAGAAUGUUGAAGAAGAUUUUGUUUGGUAGGAACUGGAUUAAUGGGGAUGAGUGGGUGAAGUCUCAUGAAGAGAAUGUGCCCAGGAAUAAAGCUUUUAAAUCAGAAGCAGAUGAUGCUAACUCUAAUCAUGUUUUAUCAGAGAGGAGGAGGAGGGAGAAGCUGAAUGAAAAGUUCGUCACCCUCAGAUCACUGGUUCCUUCUAUCAGCAAGGUUGACAAAGCCUCGGUGCUUGCCGACACAAUCGAGUAUCUUAAAGAUCUCGAGAAAAGAGUAGAAGAGCUGGAAUUUUGCAGGGAGGAGAGGGACACCGACAUGAGAGAACCAAGGAAGCACCCAGAUAUCACUGAGAGAACCUCCGACAAUUAUGGCAACAAUGAGUUCAUAAUUUCCCAGAAGUCUUCUUCAAAUAAGAGAAAAGCUUGUGAGAUGGAUGAUUCAGAUGCUCAGCUAAACUUAAUCUUAUCAAAUAAUGGACUUUUUGAUAUAAAUGUCACCAUGAUCGACAGAGAAGUGCUCAUAGAGCUUCACUGUCCAUGGAGAGAUUUCCUGCUUCUAGACAUCAUUGAAGCCUUGUGCAACCUCCGUUUAGAUCCUCACUCAGUUCGGUCAUCCACGCCUGAUCCUACUACUGUAAUUGCAUUGAGAGCCAAGAUUAUGAGCACAACUGUUACUUCUCCGGGGAUGAUAAAGAGAUCACUCCAGCGAGUUCUUGGUAAAGGAGGGAUAAAUUUGUAAGUUCACUAAAAAAUAUGGUGUAUUUUGUAAUAUCAAUGUUCUAAGCAGGUAACAUUGUUUGGUUCUGUAUUAUUUGUUCACUACUUUGUCUUGUUUCUUGGUCUAAUAAAUUAAUUUGAGAGUA